AGGGAAGACCCAGGCAGCCAGGGAGAAGAAGAGCCAACCGCAGACAUCCGGGCCCUUUCUGCCCAUUCGAGCAUCUCCCCCUCCCCUUAACUCCCUCCCAGCCCUGCAUAACUCCAGCGGGGCUGCCUCCAGACCCGGAGACAGCCGACAGAGGAGGAGGAGGAGGAGGAGCUGAGGUUGCUUCUGCAGCUGCUGCUCCUCGAAGCCAGUGCAACCCACGCCCCGGCUGCCGCCACGAGACCUUGGCAACGGAGCGAGCGCUGCCCAGCUGGGCUGGGGUCGUCGCUGCCCCCGCCAGGUGCUGACAGCCCGGACGGAGGAGGAGGAGGAGGAGGAGGGGGCGGCUGCGAAGGGCACGAGCAUCUCGAAGAUCCGAUGUCUGCUUAAAGACUCCUUGUGGCUGGGCGACAAAACCAGCAAGUGCAGGGAGAUGCAGGCCCACCUGACACCCUGAGAAUGCAGGCCCACCCAAGGAAGAGAGAGAGGGCAACUCAGGACAAGGCCCAGAGCAGAGGAAACUUCAGGCGGAUCAGCAGCAUGGUCGAUACAGCGGAUUGCGGGGCAGCCAAGAUGUUCCCCAGCACUGGUGAGAAAGAAGAAAAAGCCAGGCUUCCAGCCCCUGACGAAAUGUAUCGAGUGUAGUGACAGCCCCGGAAAGGGACUAGGACCUGGCAGAAGUCACAUCGCACCUCCAUGAAAUGAUCGGGUUUACAAGGCGUUGUUGGUCUGAAGUUUGCAACUGAGACAAAGUUGAUUGGCACUGGAGGAGAACAUGGCCAAUGGCAUCGACGACUUGAUUGGGAUCCCGUUCCCCAACCACAGCAGCGAGGUCCUCUGCAGCUUGAAUGAGCAGCGGCACGAUGGCCUGUUGUGCGAUGUCCUUCUCAUCGUACAAGAGCAGGAAUACCGGACCCACCGGUCCGUGCUGGCGGCCUGCAGCAAGUACUUUAAGAAACUCUUCACUGCGGGCGCCCUAGCCGACCAACCCUACGUCUACGAGAUUGACUUUGUCCAGCCCGAGGCACUGGCGGCCAUCCUGGAGUUCGCCUACACCUCCACGCUCACCAUCACCACCGCUAACGUCAAGCACAUCCUCAGCGCUGCCAAAAUGCUGGAGAUCCAGUGCAUCAUCAACGUCUGCCUCGAGAUCAUGGAGCCUGGCGGGGCCGAGGAUGAGGACGACAAGGAGGACGAUGACGAAGAUGAGGAGGAUGAGGAGGAUGAGGAAGAGGAAGAGGAUGAUGAGGAGGACGAGGAGGAGGAGGAAGAGGUGGAGGACUUUGUCAAUCAGGAGGACCUGAACGGGACCCGGGACGUCAACUGCCACCAGAGUCCCUCUGAGCCAGACCACCUAGUGGAGAAGGCCUAUUCGGACCCUCCGCAGGAUUUUCCUGACCACUUCCAGGCCCACAGCUCGACGGGGCCCCUGGGGGUGAUCCGCGACUUCUCCAUUGAGUCGCUGCUGAGGGAGAACCUGUAUCCAAAAGCCACCGUCCCCGACAGGAGGCCUGCCUUGUCUCCCUUCCCGCCGGGCUUCUUCCCCCACCUCUGGCCCGGAGACUUCGGGGCCUUCGCUCAGUUGCCGGAACAGCCGCUGGACAGCGGUCCCUUGGAUCUGGUGAUCAGGAAGCGGAAGAUCAAGGAGGAGGAAAAAGAGGAGCUCCCGCCGGCACCCUUCCCCAAUGAUUUCUUCAAGGACAUAUUUGCCGACGGAGCUGGGGGUCACAUGGACCACAUCAAGGCAGAAAACGAUUACAGUGCUUAUCUCAACUUCCUCAGCGCCACCCAUCUGGGAGGGGUCUUUCCUCCUUGGCCGCUGGAGGAGGAGCGGAAGAUAAAGCCCAAGGCAUCCCAACAGUGCCCAGUUUGUAACAAAAUGAUCAUGGGGGCAGGGAAGCUCCCCCGGCACAUGAGAACCCACACGGGGGAGAAACCGUACAUGUGCAAUAUCUGUGAAGUUCGCUUUACCAGGCAGGACAAGCUAAAGAUCCACAUGCGCAAGCACACCGGGGAGCGGCCCUACCUGUGCAUCCACUGCAACGCCAAGUUUGUGCACAACUACGACCUGAAGAACCACAUGCGCAUCCACACCGGCGUGCGGCCCUACCAGUGCGAGUUUUGCUACAAGAGCUUCACCCGCUCCGACCACCUCCACCGUCACAUCAAACGCCAGAGCUGCCGGAUAUCCCGACCUCGGAGGGGCCGGAAGCCCGCCUCCUGGAGGGCCGCCAGCCUCCUCUUCGCCCAGAACGGCCAGCCGGAGGAGAAGGCAUUCAUGAUGCCCCCGACCCUGGGGGAAAUGGGUGGCCAUCUUGGCGGGGCAGCCAUGUGCUUGCCAGGCCCCAGUCACCAUAAGCACUUUCUGGGAGGGCCCAAGAGUGCCCUCAGCCUCCAGGAGCUAGAGCGGCAAUUUGAAGAGACCCAGAUGAAACUCUUUGGGAGGGCCCACCUGGAGGCUGAGAGGAACGCGGGGGGCCUCUUUGCCUUUGCCCUGGCGGAGAACAUGGCUGCCCGGCCAUACUUCCCCCUGCCUGACCCGUGGAGCGCGGGGUUGGCUGGACUAACUGGGCUGGCUGGACUCAACCACAUGGCCUCCAUGUCAGAAGCCAGCAAUUAGCCCCUGGCAUUGUCUUUCCCACCCAAUCCAGCCCCUUCACCCCUCUCACGAUGGCAAGGAAAGCACUUUGUGGCCCUCCUCUUGUACAGCAUCUCAUCUCCUCACUUCAAAGAAGAGAGAAUCCCCUUCCGACAGGAAGAUCUUUCCAAGCUAGGUUCCGCCAAAUAAAGCCAUCCGAGUCGGACCACAUGCACGUCCAUGUGCUUACAGGUGUGGAGGCUGGAAAGCUGGUUGGUGGAAGAUUUGUGGGAGCUGCAAGGUGGUGACCAGGAGUGGGGCAGGAGCUCGGACAGUUUAGGCACCGGGAAAUGUUCCCUUCAGCUCCCUGGCUGGGCACUGGAGAACAAAGCCAAGGGCAGGUGUCUUCCUCUAAGGGAUAGGGUGAGAGUGAUCCUCUCUGCUUUCGGGAAGGAAAACUGGAAAGGUCACAUUGUCCUCAGAGCCCGCUCUUCAGAAGGAGAAACCUCUGUGGGUGCAGGAUUGCUUCUGUGGACUGAGGAGUAGCCCUUUUAAAUGGGUCCUGGAUUUGACUCCCAGCUCUUCCCCAACUCACUGGAAAAUCAUUGGCAAGUCACCUCACACUUCUAAUGACUCAAUUUUUCCAUCUAUAAAAGGGACCCUGGCAUUCAGAGAUAGCUGGCAAGACUGGAAGCAUGAGUUCAUUGAGGCAUCUGCUAUUCUGAGCAACCCCUGAGGGAGAAACUGGUACUGGCUUAAUAUGCUGUUUCUUUGGCCACUGCUACCUACCUAGGGCCCUUUCCUGCUCUACUGGUAAACCACAGAAACAUUCUUCAAAGCUGCCAAAUGAUCUUCCUUUAGUGACCCACCAAAGAAUUGUUCUGGGUCUCCUUGAUUCUCCCUUUCAUCCCUGUGGUUUAAGAUAGCUCUGGAAUCACUGACCAAACCCCCGGAAGAGGGUGGCUAGCUCCUCAUUCAAAUCCUGUGACAGCCAGGGACAGUUUCAAUACUGGGUCAUCCACGGGCUGAUUAUCCAGGCCUUUCUCCUCCCUACUCCCUCUUCCCCAUUGACACCCUGCCUUCUGGACAUUCCACUGCUCAGGAGUACCGUGGUGAAUGGGGAAAUAGAAGGAGAGGAAUUAAAUCAGUCAGCAUUGCCUCUUGGGAGCAGCUUGGGUAACAGGUCGGGUGGCAGGGGAGACUUAAAUGAAGUCAAGGGCUCUGUGGAUUUCACUUUUCCACUGCUUUUGGCUUACCACAGGUAGAGAGUUGGCUGUAAAACUUUCUCUGCAGCACUUUUCAGCUGAGAAAUCUCUGUCCUGAACCUGAUGUCUACAAGGAGACCCUGAAAAUAAAGAAGGCAUUGCUGGCAAUAAGUCUUUCGAUUCUUCUCUCUUCUCUUCCCUGCUCGCCUCCAUUCACCCCUUUUUUAAAAAUAACUAUUAGGGUUACCUUUGGGAGGGGCUAUCUGGGGAGAUGCUGGGAGAGGUAAGAUGGGCCUGGGACUCCAGUUACAAAUAGGGGAACAAAUAGGCUCUCUUCUCUGAUGGCUACAAGGCUUACUUACUCAGAGAAAGCAAGGGGAUCCAAGGCGUGGCCCAACCUCUCAUUUUCCCAAAGCCCUUAGACAGGGUGGACCACAUCAAGCCCAUCCUCCUGCUCACCUCCCAUCUGUCCCACCCCACGUCCGGGGACAUUUUAUCUGUCUUUGCCCCCCAUUUCACUUUCAGAUGUCGACUGGAGAGAUGGCACGCCGGAACUUACUGUCACCCUGGCAAAAAGUGGGAUGUGAAGAGCAGACUCAACUGACCCAAGUCGACCUACCCAAGGGUGAUGGCAGGGGGAUGGGGGGAGAUGGGGAGGCUACCACCAAACCAGAGAAUAACAGAGCAGAACCCAAUCCAAAGCGGCAUCCAACACUCUGGAUGCUCUUGCUGUUUUUUUUUAAUUAUUCUUAUUUUGUAAAUGUAAUGACUUCUUAUAAACUCAGUUUUACAGAUGA